AUGGUCCUGAGGGUCGCUGUCAUCGGAGGCGGGCCAGCAGGUCUCGUGACUUUGAAAUACCUCUUAGAGGCACGCAAGUUCUUUCCGGGCGUAGAAAUCGAGGCAGACCUAUUCGAGAAGGAGGAAGACGUCGGCGGUGUCUUCACCUACGGAGUGUAUGAAGAUGCCGAGCUUGUUUCCUCGAAGUAUUUCACAGCCUUCUCCGAUUUCCGGGUUCCCGGAAGCGUCAACGACUUCCUGACGCCCAGGAGAUACGUUGAGUAUCUCAAAGCAUACGCAACGAGGUUCGACCUCUGGGCCCACAUCCACCUUUCGACUGAGGUCACCUCUGUUUCACCGGACCCGGAACACCCAUCUCAGCACAUCCUCAUUACCUGUGGAACGCAGACGCAAGACAAGGCCCACACAGAGCGCCGAUACCACGCGAUCGCGAUCUGCAGUGGACUCAACCAGACCCCGUUCAAGCCAGCCGUUCCGGGACUCAACGCACCGCUGCCCACCACCAAUGAAGAUGGAGGCCAGUGCAGCAACCCGGACCAAAUGCCCGACGUCGCAGCCCACCCCGGUAUCAAGAUCCUCCACUCGGCCGACUUCAAAUCCCGCGACCAAUUCGGCAAAGACAGCACCAUCCUGAUCCUCGGCGUCGGCGAGACAGCAAUGGACAUAGCCCACCUCGCAGUCACAUCCCCAACGCGCCGGGUGAUCCUCGCCCACCGCGACGGCUUCACCUACUUCCCCAAGAUCGUGCCGGUCCCGUUCCGCGCCGGCGGCCGCAGCGGCGGGCCCGACCCGGCCCGCCCGAACAAGCCCGCCGACUGCACGGCAGCGUCCCUGUUCGACACGGCGUACGUGCCCGGCAUCAUCCAGCGCGGGCCCUGGCUGUGGGCCGCGUACGACGCCUUCGUGGUCAACAUGGCGUGGGCCAUCUCCGGGACGCGGGCCGGGUUCGACCAGUGGGUCGGCGGCGUCAGCAGGCGGAGGAUGCAUACCGACUGCCUGCUGGUCUGCAAGAGCGGCCGGGCGCUGCCGUACAUCUCGGAGCAGUACCGGAGCACGUCGUGGCUGAACCGGUGGAGGUCCUGGCUCAUCAACGUGGAGCUGGUGCCGACGGGCGGGAGGAAGAUUGACCUUGCGCCGUGGCCGAGGUGUGUUGACCAGGAGGGGGUGGUUCAUUUUGAGGAGAAUGAACGGCCCGAGUCGGCGGUUAUGAGGAGGGAGAAGGGGAUCCGGCCCGAUGUCGUUGUUUUCGCGACUGGGUAUAAGCAGUCGUUUCCGUUUCUUUCCAAGGGGGGUGUCUACCCGUCGCUGGAUGACUGCGUGGCCAGGGGCAUUUUCCGGAAUGUCGAGGACGGCAUCGCAUAUAUCGGAUUCAUCCGCCCAAGCUUUGGCGCGAUCCCGCCCAUCGCGGAGCUCCAGGCCCAGACCUGGAUAUACCACCUCGUCAGAAGCCCCAAGUUCCGGCCUUACUUCUCACCUGGGUUCAAGCCGCCCGCCCGCUCCCCCAACGCCGUCGCACGGUACGAGAUGGACUACAAGCUCAAGAGCCGCGACAAGGACCACGACUUCGCGGCGACGAAGCGCGCCGUCGACCACGAGAGCUACAUGUACCAGCUGGCGCUCGACAUGGGGUCCGCGCCGACCUGGACACACGUGCUGGGGCGCCUGGGCCGCGAGGUCUUCUUCACGUGGGCCAUGGGCCCCAACUUCCCGACCAAGUUCCGCCUCGUGGGACCGUGGGCCAGUGGCGAGACGGCGCGGGAGGCGGCGGCGUUGAUGAGGAGGGACGGGGAGCUGGGCAGGCUGGUCAGGAGGACCGGGGGGACGGUGUUCUUUGUCUCCUUUACUGUCAUCCCGCUGAUCAUCUUUGGGCCGGUCAGCAUCUUGAUCAAUACUUUGUAUUGGGUCCUGCGGGCCAUUGGGAUUUGUGGUUGA